ACCAUUUCAUAGAUCUAUGAGUAUGUAGUUAAUUUAUCAACGUGCAGUAUUAAAACGCUUGUGGACAGAGCUGUAUGCAUUAUUGGUAUUAAUCAGUUUAACUAGAUAAAUUCUUAAUACUUAGGAAUAUUCUAUUGAAUAAAUUGACAAUGGAAAAUAAAAACUUCACACUUGCCGAAACUAUCGAUCUACGUAAUAAAUAUAUCGGGAAAUCUUGCGAAUUGUAUUAUAAGAAGAGCCCUUUGAAAAUCGUUCGUGGUCAUGCACAAUAUUUGUACGAUCAAGAUGGAAAAGAAUAUUUGGAUUGCAUCAAUAACGUUAUCCAUGUUGGUCACUGUCAUCCAGACGUGGUGAGAGCGGGUGUGGAGCAAAUGCAACAGUUGAAUGUCAACAGCAGGUUUCUGCAUGAUAAUCUGGUGUUGUGUGCGAAGAAGCUUGUAUCGAAAAUGCCAGAACAAUUAUCAGUUUGUUUUUUCGUCAAUUCUGGUUCCGAAGCAAAUGACUUGGCAUUGAGAUUGGCUCGGCAACACUCCGGAAACACUGACAUAAUCACUCUGGAUCAUGCGUACCAUGGUCAUUUGAAUUCACUAAUUGAUAUUUCACCAUAUAAACUAAAUUUGCCAGGAGCACCAAAAAAACCAGAUUACGUGCACAUAGCUCCUGUUCCGGAUGUAUAUAGAGGUAAAAUUAGAGCUGACGAUCAUCCCGAUGAGGAUAUAGGAAAGUUGUAUGCAUUGGAAGUUAAAAAGAUUAUUGAUCAAAAUGUGAUCGAACAACGUGGUCAAAAAGUAUGUGCUUUUAUAGCAGAAAGCUUACAAAGUUGUGGUGGCCAAAUUAUAUUACCACAUAAUUAUCUACGAAAUGUUUACAAAUAUGUAAGAGAAGCCGGCGGUGUGUGCAUUGCUGAUGAAGUUCAAGUAGGAUUUGGUCGAUCGGGUUCGCAUUAUUGGGCGUUCCAGAUCGACGGAGCGGACAUUAUACCCGAUAUCGUGACUAUGGGCAAGCCCAUGGGCAAUGGACAUCCAGUUGCAGCCGUUAUCACUACAGAAGCAGUAGCCCGUAGCUUUGAAGCUACUGGCAUUGCAUAUUUCAAUACGUAUGGUGGGAAUCCUGUAUCGUGCGCCAUAGCAAUCGCUGUCAUGAAAGCCAUUGACGACGAAAAUUUGAUGGAAAAUGCCAAAGACGUGGGCGGGUAUCUGUUAUCUAAACUCAAAAAUAUGCAACGGAAGUUUCCGGACGUGAUCGGUGAUGUCCGCGGUUUCGGACUGUUCGUUGGUAUUGAACUGAUAAAGGAUCCGAAAACUAAGGCUCCGGCCACGGCAGAAACCCGAGAGAUCGUUGACAGAAUGAAAAGCGUUGAAAGAGUAUUGAUUAGCUGUGAUGGACCUGAUUCAAAUGUCAUCAAACUUAAACCACCAAUGGUGUUCACCAGAGCCAAUGCCGACCAAUUACUUAAGCCACUUGAGGCAAUGAUAUCAGAAAUCAGGACACAGCGGUUUUAAAGGCUGUGAUUUAUUUUUUAUUGCUAUUUGCUUAAUGUUUACGUAGUUCGAUGAAUUUGUAAUAAUUUUAUUUUUUAGAUAGCUAGGGUAUCUUAUGCUUAUUUAUAAAUAUGUACAUAUAUAUGACG